AUGGCCGCCCUCAAGUUUGUGCCUUUCUCGUCAGAGGUCGAACUACCAUUCUAUUCUGCCCUCUUUGCAUCAAAGCUCGACACCGACAAGCUCGAUGACUCGGCCCGCCCGGUGAUGGGUUUGUAUGAGCCCCGCGGGAGAGCCGACGAGGCAUCAGGCACAAGAAUGCAGAUUUUCGGGACCGCACUCACAAACAGAGAGUAUUCCGUGAGUAACGAAGGAGAACAUGGCUUCUUCCUUGCCAAGAAAGUGCGGGGUGAGGAUGAGACUUCAGGACCAGGGCCCGACGACCCCCCUACAGAUAUCGGCUAUCGAUGGCAAAUCGCCCCCCUCCGUGACUUUGAGACUGGAUUUUUCGACGAUGUCGCCGAGGAAGACCGCUAUGUUGCCUUUGUGGAUCCGUCAAACUACUCCGAAUCACCAUCGUGGCCGCUUCGAAAUCUUCUUGUCUUGAUCAAGCAGAGAUACCGCCUGAACAAGGUUCAAAUUCUUUGUUACCGCGACACGCAAGCGAGGAGGCAUGAGGCCCGGAGUAUAAUUCUCCCAUUGUCUACGGACGUCGUCGAGGAUACACAAGCCCCUAAGAUGCCCAGUGUCACAGGCUGGGAGAGAGAUGGCGGGGCUAAGCUGAGAGCACGCAUGGUCAAUCUAUCGGACUACAUGGAUCCCACACGGCUGGCAGACCAGGCGGUGGAUCUUAACCUGAAGCUAAUGAAGUGGCGGCUGGCUCCUGGACUCGACCUUGACGCCAUCAAAAACACAAAGUGCCUGCUACUCGGCGCGGGGACACUUGGAAGCUAUGUCUCGAGGAAUUUGAUGGGAUGGGGCGUGCGAAAGAUUACAUUUGUCGACUACGGCAAUGUAUCCUUUUCGAACCCCGUGCGGCAGCCGUUGUUCACGUUUGAUGACUGUACUGGCGGAGGGAAGCCAAAGGCGCCCCGUGCUGCUGAGGUCUUAAAGGAGAUUUACCCUGGCGUUGAGUCUGAGGGCCAUGUCUUGUGCGUGCCAAUGCUCGGCCACGCCGUCCUGGACGAGGAGGGGGUGAAGACAGACUUCAACAAGCUACAGGAGUUGGUAGAUGCACAUGAUGCCAUCUUCCUCCUCAUGGACUCGCGCGAAUCGAGGUGGCUGCCCACCCUGAUGGGCAAGGCCUCCAACAAGAUCGUCAUGAAUGCGGCGCUUGGGUUCGACACGUACGUGGUAAUGCGACAUGGUGCGGCGCCAGAGGAUGGCAGCGAGGAGACACUGGGUUGCUAUUUCUGCAAUGACGUUGUCGUUGCAGCUGAUUCCAUGAAAGACCAGACCCUGGAUCAGCAGUGCACAGUCACCCGGCCGGGCGUCGCAGCCAUCGCCUCAGCACUGUUGGUCGAACUACUCACCAGCUUGCUCCAGCACCCGAAGAAACAGCAUGCACCAGCUCCAGUGUCCUCGAAGGGAUCAGCGGGAUCAAACUACGAACGCGACCCAAUCGACCACCCGCUAGGUCUCGUACCGCACCAAAUCCGAGGAUUCUUGUCCAACUUCGAGAACAUGAAGAUCCACGGCAAGUCCUACCCUCAGUGCAGCGCAUGCAGUCCAUCGAUCGUAUCGGCAUACAAAACCGACGGCUGGGAAUUUGUCAAGAAAGCGCUUUCAGACCGGAACUAUGUUGCUGAGCUCAGUGGUUUGGCCGAGGUGCAGAGAAAGGCCGAGGCGGCGGCCGCGGAUGUGGAGUGGAGUGAGGAGGAAGGCCUGGAUGAGGAGGAAGGUAUGUCAGUACUGCGCACACAUAUCGGUAGUGAGUCGGCAAGUGGUGGAAUGGUCAUGAUGAGCCAUCAAAAGCGGUACUUGACAACAACAAUAACACCACCCGCCCCGGGCGGGAAAGGCGGCAAGGCAGGCGGCAAGCAACAGCAGAAAAAGACGGGCGUCACCAAAUCGAAAAAGUCAAAGACCACGGCCGACAAGAUCCAGAAGAAGUUCUCGGCAGGCUUGGUGGCGAAGACAGAGCAGAUGCUCGGUGAGCGGGCCGGGCAUCUUGAGUUGAUCGGCAAGGGGAGGAAGAAGGGCGCUGAGAAGGAGUUCAAGGGAGGGAGUCGCAAGUUUGGUUAG